UUCACACGUGUGUGUGUGUGCCCACACCCAUAAUUCAAUGCCCCCCCCUGCACAUGCACGCGCAGCCCCUCCACGGCCCCCGCUUUUGGCACACAACGGCAAAAAGGUUACCGGUGGGCCCAGUAGGCCCAUUUUUCGCCCUCCCAAGGCUCCAGAGGCUUUCUUGGAGCCCGGGGAGGGCAAAAACAGCCUUCCCCACCUCCCCGGAGGCCGGAAACGGCCCGUUUCCUGACUUCCAGUGGGCGCAGAAGGCCCGAAAAUUAGCUGGCCAGCACGCGCAUGCGAGCUGGAGCUGAGCUAGGACAACGCUCGCGUGCCCAUAAAUAUGGCUUUGCAUGCCACCUGUGGCACGCAUGCCAUAGGUUCGCCAUCACAGUCCUACACCAUUCCUGACAAAUGGCAGUCCAAUCUCUUCUUAAAAGCCUCCAGUGAUGAAGCUCCCACAACUUCCGAAGGCAACUUCUGUUCCAUGGGGGACAUUGGAAACUAUUACUAUGGUCAAGGUCACCCCAUGAAGCCUCACAGGAUCAGGAUGACUCACAACCUUCUUCUCAACUAUGGUCUUUACAGAAAAAUGGAAAUUUACCGACCUUACAAAGCAAGUGCCGAGGAGAUGACCAAAUAUCACAGUGAUGAUUACAUUAAAUUUCUGCGGUCAAUUCGCCCAGAUAACAUGUCCGAAUACAGCAAGCAGAUGCAGCGAUUCAAUGUUGGAGAAGAUUGCCCUGUGUUUGAUGGACUGUUUGAAUUCUGUCAACUUUCUACAGGAGGGUCUGUUGCAAGUGCAGUGAAACUAAACAAGCAACAGACAGACAUCGCGGUGAACUGGGCUGGAGGCUUGCAUCAUGCCAAGAAGUCAGAGGCUUCUGGCUUCUGUUACGUCAAUGAUAUCGUCCUGGCUAUCUUAGAAUUGCUAAAGUACCACCAGAGAGUGUUGUAUGUUGACAUCGACAUCCACCAUGGUGAUGGUGUGGAGGAAGCCUUCUACACCACAGACCGUGUCAUGACAGCGUCCUUCCAUAAGUAUGGGGAAUAUUUCCCAGGAACUGGGGAUCUGCGGGAUAUUGGUGCGGGUAAAGGAAAAUAUUAUGCUGUCAACUAUCCUCUCCGGGAUGGGAUCGAUGAUGAGUCUUAUGAAGCCAUUUUCAAGCCGGUGAUGUCUAAAGUGAUGGAGACGUUCCAGCCGAGUGCCGUUGCACUGCAGUGUGGCUCAGAUUCUUUAUCAGGGGACAGGUUGGGUUGUUUUAAUCUGACCAUUAAAGGUCAUGCCAAAUGUGUGGAGUUCAUCAAAAGCUUUAAUUUGCCCACGCUGAUGCUGGGAGGUGGCGGCUACACGAUCCGUAAUGUGGCCCGGUGUUGGACGUACGAGACGGCUGUGGCAUUGAACACAGAGAUCCCGAAUGAGCUUCCUUACAAUGAUUACUUUGAAUACUUUGGCCCGGAUUUCAAACUCCACAUCAGCCCUUCCAACAUGACCAACCAAAACACCAACGAAUACCUGGAAAAGAUAAAGCAACGUCUCUUUGAGAACCUGAGGAUGCUCCCCCAUGCCCCUGGUGUGCAGAUGCAGCCAAUUCCAGAGGAUGCCGUGCCGGAAGAGAGUGGCGAUGAAGAGGAGGAAGAUCCUGACAAACGGAUUUCCAUCCGCUCUUCGGACAAGAGAAUCGCCUGCGAGGAGGAAUUCUCGGACUCGGAGGACGAAGGGGAAGGGGGUCGCAAAAACGUUGCCAAUUUCAAGAAGGCUAAACGGUCAAAAACAGAAGAAGAGGAGAAGGAGGAGGAGGAGAAGAAAGAAGUACACGAGGAAGAGAAGAGAAAAGAAGAACCCACAGAGGCCAAAAGCAUAAAGGAAGAGGUGAAAUCCACCUAAGAAACGUUGGACAGCUGGGGAACACCACACUUCCCUGGUUCUCUGAUUCAGCACUCUGGUCCCCUCCCUAUACCACAAGAUUUGUAUUUUAUAUGUUUGUGUUGAUUAUUUCUGUAAAUCUAUGGGGGACUUGAGAGAGACCUGGCUGCCCUCCCCUAGGUGAGCUGCCAGGAAGGCCCGGAACCUGCUUAUCCAAGGGAGUGCCAUUUACGAGAUUCCUACUUCUCACGUCCCCCUUGCUUUUGCAUUGGGGAGAUUUGUGUGUUUUCUUUUGGAAAGCAAACCCCAAACUUCCCUUUGCUUUGUCCUUGCUUGUGUUUUUAAAGGAUGAUUCUCUUCUUGGAGAAGUUAAUUUUUCAGGGGAAAGCUAGUCAUCCACUCUCCUUUUCUUUUACUAGUUUUAUGAGGUAUGGAUACAGCCAUAAAACUCUGGAAGAGUUGGGGGGGUGGGGGGGGAGGUGGAGCCCAGAAUUCUAAGCCAUCUUACCCGUUUGUAAACCUUGGAAGGGUUGAUCCCUUUUGAGGAACCAUGAAUGUAAACCAUGGUUUAUUUCCCCAACACCUCUUGACAAGUCCCUCUAGGGGUAUCAGCUCUGGAGUUGCAGGGGAGGCUCUGAUCUCAUCCUGCUUGUAGUAGGAAAAAUCCAGGGGUUCCCCCUUUGGAGCCAGGAGCGUAUCUAGAUGUCUCCGUUAGCGAUGCCAUUUGAGUUUUGUGAUCCCCGAUCCCCUUUUUAAAAAUUGCCUUGGGGCUUUUGCUUAUGAGCAAACACGAGCCUCGAGGGGCCCUUAGGAAAAACCACCCUGUGGCAGGAUGGUUCUAUAGAAGGGCACCUUCCUAAAACAAAGAAACCAGCCCAAGCCUGCUCCCUGUUCCUGAAUUGCGUAUUUCCAUAUUGGAGCAUUGGCUCCAAUAGGCUUGCAGGUAGGGCGAGGUUUCCAGGGAACCAAGGAAGUGGGAGAUAGAACAGAAUGUCACUGUUUGGGGUUGACCCCAGCAAUGCUGCUAAUUUGCCAUGUCACUCAGUGGUGGAGGGGGGGAAGAGGUGGGGUUUUAUUUUUUUAAGCCUUUUUUUUAGUUGCUUGGAUGCAAAUGCCCUCCAGUUGUUCUUACUCUUUGAUACUUGUAUUGGUGAAAUAAAAGAUCAUUGUAUUUGUGUGUUUUGGGG